GGCAGCGUCGGCGGGUGGACGUGGCAAAGGCGACAUGGCGAAAGGCUCGUCCAGGGACAAGAGGCUGUCAGUGGAGCGCAUCUACCAGAAGAUGAGCCAGCUGGAGCACGUUCUGCUACGCCCGGACACGUACGUCGGCUCCGUCGAGCCCGUCACGCAAAACAUGUGGGUGUACGACCCCGAGGACGAGAACGGCGGCGGCGGCAUGAGGCACAGGAGUGUCACAUUUGUGCCCGGCUUGUACAAGAUCUUCGACGAGAUCCUGGUGAACGCGGCCGACAAUAAACAGCGGGACAAGAACAUGGACUGCAUCAAGGUCUGGGAGGACAAUAUGCGAAAGACCGCCGAACCCAAGAUCAAGACUGAUGCCAAGGGCGAGGACUUCACCAAGAUCACCUUCUAUCCAGACCUUGCCAAGUUCAUGAUGGAGAAGCUGGACGCCGACACAGUGGCGCUGCUGUCCCGCAGGGCAUAUGACGUGGCCGGCUGCACACAGGGAGUCAAAGUCUUCCUGAACGGCAAGCGGCUUCCGGUGAAGGGGUUCAGAGAUUAUGCACAGCUGUUCUUGAAGGACCAGGAAGACGAAACGGGCAACCCGCUCACUGUAGCUCACGAGCUCGUCAGCAACCGUUGGGAGGUGGCCGUGACACUGAGUGCGUCGGGCGAGUUCCGGCAGAUGAGUUUCGUCAACGGCAUCGCCACCACCAAGGGAGGCAGCCACGUCGACUACGUCUCCGAGCACAUAGUCAAAAAGGUUUUGGAAAGCGUCAAGAAGAAAAACAAAGCGGGCGUGAAGAUACUGAGCAAGCAAGUCAAGGACUACUUAUGGAUGUUCGUCAACUGUCUCAUUGAGAAUCCUACAUUCGACUCCCAGACCAAGGAGAACAUGACGCUGCCCGUGAAGAAGUUCGGCUCCAAGUGCGAGCUCAGCGACAAAUUCUACAGCCAGAUGCUCAAGUGCGGCGUUGUGGAGUCCGUCAUGUCAUGGGUAACAUUCAAGGCCGAAAAGCAGCUAGGUCAGAAGUGUUCGUCGAAGAAACACUCCAAGCUGAAAGGCAUCCCAAAGCUGGAGGACGCCAACGACGCUGGGACGAAGAACUCGGUCGACUGCACGCUCAUCCUGACCGAGGGAGACUCGGCCAAAAGCCUGGCCGUAUCCGGUCUGUCGGUGGUGGGCCGUGACAAGUUCGGCGUGUUUCCGCUGAAGGGAAAGAUCCUGAAUGUGCGGGAGGCCACCCACAAGCAGAUUUUGGAAAACGCCGAGAUCAACAAUGUUAUCAAGAUCAUGGGCCUCCAGUACAAGAAGAGAUACGAGACAAUGGAUGAUCUGAAGAGUCUUCGCUACGGUCGACUUAUGAUUAUGACAGAUCAAGACCAAGACGGCUCUCACAUCAAGGGUCUUCUCAUCAACUUUAUCCAUCACAACUGGCCGUCGCUGCUGAAGCUUCCGUUUCUCGAGGAGUUCAUCACGCCUAUUGUGAAAGCGAGUCGCGGAAGCAACGAGCUGUCUUUCUACUCGCUUCCCGAGUUCGAGGAAUGGAAGACCGCCACCGACGACUGGCAGCGCUGGAAGGUCAAGUACUACAAAGGUCUCGGCACCAGCACCUCCAAGGAGGCCAAGGAGUAUUUCACUGACAUGCUGCGGCACCGCAUCACGUUCCGGUACCAAGGCAACGAAGACGACCACGCCAUCGAGCUGGCCUUCAGUAAGAAGAUGAUCGAACAGCGCAAAGACUGGCUCCGCAGUGGCAUGGAGGAGCGCAAGCAGCGACGCGAGAUGGGCCUGCCCGAGCUCUACCUGUACGGCAAGGACACCAAGAACGUGACGUACCAGGAUUUCGUCAACAAGGAGCUCAUCCUGUUCAGCAAUAUGGACAAUGAGCGGUCAAUCCCGUCUCUGGUGGACGGGCUGAAGCCGGGACAACGCAAGGUUCUCUUCACUUGUUUUAAGCGCAAUGACAAGCGCGAAAUUAAGGUCGCCCAGCUGGCGGGGUCCGUGGCCGAGCACUCUGCCUAUCAUCACGGUGAGGCCUCUCUCAUGUCGACCAUCAUCAAUUUGGCGCAGAAUUUCGUCGGCUCCAACAAUAUCAACCUGCUGCAGCCCAUCGGUCAGUUCGGCACGAGACUGCAGGGCGGCAAGGACGCUGCCAGCCCUCGAUAUAUCUUUACUAUGCUGUCGCCCCUGGCGCGUCUCAUCGUGCCCGCUUUGGACGACCCGAUCUUGGAGUAUUUGUACGACGACAACCAGCGCAUAGAGCCCGAGUACUACAUCCCGGUGCUCCCCAUGGUACUCGUGAACGGUGCAGAAGGAAUCGGCACUGGUUGGAGCACGAAGAUACCCAACUACAAUCCUCGCGAUAUAGUUGCCAAUCUGCGGAAGAUGAUCGCCGGUGAAGAGCCGGGUGUCAUUAAGCCGUGGUUCAAGAACUUUCGUGGAUCCGUGGACCAGGUUGAAGAGCAGAGGUUCAUCAUGAGCGGGGAGGUGGCCGUGCUCAACUCCACCAGCAUCGAGAUCACGGAGCUUCCGGUGCGUGUUUGGACUCAGACGUACAAAGAGACAGUGCUAGAGACCAUGCUGCACGGCACAGAGAAGGUACCGCCGCUCAUAUCCGACUACAAAGAGUACCACACAGACACCACCGUCCGCUUCGUGGUCACCAUGACCGAAGACAAGCUGGCCAAGGCCCGCGAAGAAGGGCUGCACAAGACGUUCAAGCUGCAGACGUCGCUCACAACGUCCUCGAUGGUUUUGUUCGACUCCAAGGGCGUCCUGAGGACGUUUCGUACCCCUGAGGACAUCCUGCGUGACUUCUUCGCGACGCGUCUGCAGGGGUAUGAGAGGCGAAAGGCUUACCUCGUUGGUCUGCUGUCUGCUGAAGCGAAGCGUCUCGAAAACCAGGCACGCUUCAUUCUCGAGAAAAUCGGCAACAUCAUCAAGAUCGAAAACCGUCGCCGCAAAGAGAUGAUGGAGACACUGCGGCAGCGGGGUUAUGAUCCCGACCCUAUCGUUAUCUGGAAGAAGCAGCAGCUGCAGCAGACAGGGCGUCGAGACAGCCAAGCCGAGUCGCAGGACGAAGCCGAAGACGCUGCCGAGGAACAGGAUGAGGACAGGGACAAGGACGGCGGUAGCGUGCACUACAACUACCUUCUGGGCAUGCCGCUUUGGAGUCUGACUAUGGAGAGGAAGGACGACCUGCUCAAGAAGCGUGACGAAAAGCGGGAUGAACUCGAAGUGCUGCGCCGCAAGUCUCCCGAGAACCUCUGGGAAGAAGACCUGGACGCCUUCUUGACCAAGCUGGACGAGGUUGAGAAGGCGCAACGCGAUGAAGAGAAUUCGACCGGCGUCAAGGCGACCAAAGGGUCCAAGGGCGGACGCUCUAAGGCUGCGGCUCCAAAGAAGGCUGAAAGUGAGACGAAGCCCUCGGCGUUCGCGGAGCGCGUUGUGCCAAAGGUCGAGUGGGAAGCGAAGACCAAGGCCACCGGAGCGCGCCGUGGAGCCAAAAAGGCGACCAACGAUGCCACUGCCGAUGGCCACGGUGAUGACGGGGACGGCAACGCUGCAACGGCGACCGGACGCACCAGUCCCGAGGUCCCCGAACGUGCAACGGAUUCCGCACCCGCCAAGGCGCCACAGCAUAAACGAGGAGGCGCCACUAAGGACAAGCCUUCUAAGACCAAAGCAAAGAAGAGGAAAAACUCUUGGUCGGGCUCUGAUUCCUCUGAGAACGACGAGUCGCUCAUUAGCCUCGGCUCAGACGACGACGUCAAACCUGUGGCGGGCCCUUCGCACCGCCAUCAACAAGACGAGCGACAACGAGCACAGCCUCCGAAGAAGCACGGAGCCGCGGCUAAGACAGCGCAGCACGACGCAGCUGGUGGCGAAGCCGACAAGGACUUCGUCAAGCCACCCGCCAAGAAACCCGGCGCGAUUUCUCGAACAGCCAAAAAGGCUUCGGUCGCCAAGCAGGCUCCAGCGGCGGACGACUCCGACUCCGACCCUGUGCCGGCUCCGAAGAAGGCGGCCAAAAAAAUGCGGGUCGUAAUGUCCUCUUCUUCGGACGAUGACUACGCACCUUCCGUGCCGCGGCCAACCACUUCCAGCAGCGGCCGCACUAAGGCGCCGCCGGUGAAGUACGAUUUCGGAAGUGACAGUGACGAAUUCUGAUGCACGUCGUGGAGUGUGUAAACAUAACUGUGAUACACUGCGUUCUGCCAUAACCACCGAUGCUUAUGCCUCGAAGAACCAUGUGCGAGCUUCGUGACGUGUAUGUCGCAUCGAAUCGCGGUGGUAGAUGUUCGAUCGAC